GUGUGGUCGGAUCAGAGAGAUCUGAGAGAGCUUCUCUCACGAUGGAGUACCGUAAAAUCAAAGACGAGGAUGAUGAUCAUGACGUGGCUUCUGAUCUCGAGAGUUUAAAGGGCAAACCUCACACCGUUGCUUCGAGUAACAUUGCUCUGGUUGGUGCUGGAUCGAACGAAAGAACCAACUGGAAACGAAAGGGUGUAGUAACAUGUGCACUGACCAUCCUCACGAGCUCCCAAGCUAUACUCAUCGUUUGGUCUAAACGAGCUGGCAAGUAUGAGUACAGUGUUACCACCGCCAACUUUUUGGUUGAGACUCUCAAGUGUGCCUUGUCUCUUCUUGCGUUGACAAGAAUAUGGAAGAACGAAGGUGUUACUGACGAUAAUAGGUUAAGCACAACGUAUGACGAAGUUAAAGUCUUUCCCAUUCCUGCUGCUUUGUAUCUUUUCAAGAAUCUCUUACAGUACUAUAUUUUUGCAUACGUUGACGCUCCAGGCUAUCAGAUAUUGAAGAACCUGAACAUCAUAAGUACUGGUGUCUUGUACAGGAUUAUACUCAAGAAAAAGUUGAGCGAGAUUCAGUGGGCGGGCUUCAUCCUAUUGUGUUGUGGAUGCACCACUGCUCAGUUGAAUUCAAAUUCUGAUCGUGUACUUCAGACAUCUCUUCCCGGCUGGAUUAUGGCAAUUGUUAUGGCUCUUUUAAGUGGUUUCGCUGGAGUGUACACAGAGGCUAUAAUAAAAAAGAGGCCAUCAAGGAAUAUAAAUGUACAGAACUUCUGGCUAUACGUCUUUGGGAUGGCUUUCAAUGCUGUUGCUAUUGUCAUCCAAGAUUUCGAUGCCGUUGCUAAUAAAGGAUUCUUCCAUGGUUACUCAUUUAUCACAGUACUCAUGAUUCUCAACCAUGCUCUCAGUGGUAUUGCUGUGUCAAUGGUGAUGAAAUAUGCAGACAAUAUUGUAAAGGUUUAUUCGACGUCAGUGGCAAUGCUUCUCACCGCGGUUGUCUCUGUAUUCCUAUUCAAUUUUCAUCUUUCACUAGCUUUCUUCCUUGGUUCAACGGUCGUCUCUGUUUCAGUAUAUUUGCAUUCAGCUGGGAAGCUACGAUGAUAGGCAAAGAAGGAUCUCUAAUACUUGAGCUGCCAAAA